GCGUCGCAGCUAAAACUUUUUUCGGCGAGUUGAGUUUUCCGCAGAAAAUCCAUAAAAAUGAAAGAACCGUGUGUAAAUAUGCAAAGAAAACUAUAUAAAUGCGCAAAAAGUUCCUUUUAGUCUUUAAAAUAAAUGUGUGUAAAUACAAAGUAAGCGGUAAAUGCAGCACGCCAAUUGUUGUUUUGUGCGCCGCCCCAGCAAAAAAGUGAUAUUCCGGAAUCUCAAAAAGAAAACCGAAUUCACAAAUCUGAAUAUACAACUGUUUAAAUUAGUGAAAAUUGAAUAAAAAAAACACAAGACAAAAACGCAGGCAACGCAAAGAGACGUGUGACAAAAACGUAAAUAAAUGAAAAGAGAGGUGAAUGCCAGCGAGUGAAAUAGCUAAUUGAGUUGCAGUCGUGUAAAGGAGAAGGAGAUAUAUAUCUAACACAUAUAUAUGCACAGGUCGGUCAGCGGACGACGUAGAACGUGUCGAGCAACAAAUUAAUAAAAAAUUGAAAACAUACAAAAACAACUCGCAACGCUAAUAUCAAAGGCAACGUCAGUGCUGUCGCCGUCGCAGUCAACGUCGUCAACAACAGUCGCAGUCGCAGUCUCAGCAGCAGCAGCCUCAGUCGCCGCCGCCGCAGCCGCAGCAACAGCAGCACAGUCAGAAAAUGGGCUGUGGACAGAGCAAAAUACAUUUAUAUCCAAGGAAAUCGAAGAGUAAAGCAAAUGGCAAGAAAGGAGGACAUGCCGAUUCAGAUGCGGAGACGGACGAGGACGAAGGCCACAUUGAGGAUGCUGAGAAGGCACAGCAACGUGAGCGCGAGAAGCAUGACGAGAGCGAAGAACAAAGCAAUAAGGACAUACAGGACACCGAGGAGGAUGUGGCCGUCUCACUGCUGCGUGCCAAGAAUCUAUCGCUGCUGCAAAGCCAAGAAAUCUCAUCAAGCCAACAGAACUUCUUCCGCAUGCUGGACAAGAAGAUCGACGAGGGACCGGAUUAUGAUUCGGCCAGCGAGACGGAAAUUGCCUUGGAGGAGGCACGACUGAAUGCGCUGGUUCAGCAUUGGGAAAGCGCCAGCUUGACCGCCUCCAUCUGCUCCUCGGCCAGCCGAUCGCUGCAGACGACGCCCAUACGCCAGGUAGUCCAAGUUCCGCUGAAGACGCGACCGACGGCAAGCGGUGUUGCUGGUCAUUUGCUGCAGCCUUCGUCGGCCUGCAAUACGCUGACGACGACAGAGUAUCUACCUCAGCACGUCUUGGCGGGGCGACAGCAGCAGCAGCAACAACAACAACAACAGCAGCAACUACAACAGCAGCAGCUACAACAGCAGCAGCAACAACAGCAGCAGCAACAUCAAGCGGCCAAUCUUUACCAGCAACAGCAGCUGAUACUGUUGCCACAGCUCGAUGCCAAUCUUGUCAAUACGUCCAAUGCGAAUGCAGCGGCAGCCGCACAGCUUGCCCAGCUGCAACAGCAGCAGCAACAGCAGCUGGUCAUGUACCAGCAACAUCAGCAACAGCAACAACAACAGCAGCAGCAACAACAGCAACAACAAUUGGCUGCCUAUGGCGGACAUCUGCUAACGUUGCCGGCGGGCGCCAAACCGCAAAGCGUCAGCCCCAAGCGGUUGCUUUAUGGUGCCGUGCCGUCGCCACCAGUUAGUGCUCCUGUGCAGUACAUUGCCGCCAAUUCGCCGUUGAUGCAGACGGGCGUUACGGGUUUCCUAAAUGGCGCCGGCGCCACAGCCGGACGUGCCCCAUUGCAGUUGGCGUACUAUGGUGCUCCGAGCACUGCCCCCCAAGUUGCUGGUCAAGCAGCGACCUCUGUUCCCAUUGCCUCCGAAUCUUACGAAUCACAAACCGCUCCACACAGCCAAAGUCAGCAGCUGCAACAGCAGCAGCCGCAAUUGCAGUCGCUACAGACGUUGCAGUCGUUGCAGCCGCAAUCAUCGCAACAGCCGCUGCAACAACAGCUGCAGCAGCAACAGCAACAACAACCUCCACUCCCAACGGGCGCUUACUAUGGCGAAGUUAUGCACUCCGUGCAGUCGACGGCGCCACCAACGGAAUACAAAUUUCCGCCGGCCAUCAGCGUGCAGCGAUUGGCGCCCCAAGUGCAGCGGCAGCUGCGAGAGACGCAGGAACUCAUAAAAGACUCGUGUCCGCAGCUGUAUGCGGCGGGCUAUGGCAGCCCAGGACCACCGAUACGCAAUCCCAACAGAAAUCCAACUAGAACUAGACCCACCCUGGAGACGCAGUUCUCGCAGGAACUCUCGUGAUAUCUAUAUAUGUAAAAAGCAAGCAAAAACCGUAGCAAAAAAACAAGUAACAAGUAAAGAAUAUAUACAAAAAAAGAAAACAAAACAAAAACAAAGCAAAACACAUAAACAUAAAAAACCAAAACACACACACAGAAUUAGUCAACUGCGCCAAAGAAAACAUUAAGCGAAAUUAACAAGAAAACAAAAGAUAUAUUAUAAAUUAAAUUAAAACUAACAAAAACCACAAAAAAACGAACAAAAUCGAUAAAAAAUUGAAAAAACUGCACUCAAUGUUUCAGUCCUCGCCCCAUCCCAGGGGCAGAAACCAACCCCAUGCGACAAUUUAUAAAAGCAACAAAAAAGAAAAUGGAAAAGCAAAGAGAAAAACUACUACAACAACUACUAAAUGAAAAAAGGCUUUGCGAAGCAACAAAUAAAAUGCAUUAUAAAAGUACAUAUUAAAUCAAGUAUGUAAUCAAGCAGGCAGCCAAAGAGACGGAUGGAUUGGGAAACGCCAGACAAAAUAGUUUUAGGAUCGAGUAUAAAACAUUAUGAUAUGUAUAUGUAUGUAUAUGCAAAAAGAAAACACACCCAUAAACACACAAACAAAACACAAAUUGCAAGCAAACAAGCAACAAAGAACAAACAAAAAACAAAAAAAUAAACAAACAAACAAAAAUGACUUCUACAUUCUCUCACAACAAUUUUGUUAGUCAUAAUCAUAUAUUCAUCGUGUAAUUUUGCAAAAUUAUUUCUGUCAAAUGUGUGAGCUAAACAA